CCCAUUUUCACAGAACAACUUAACUGGCGAAGAAGUGCACAUAGCUUACACAAGGGUUUCUCUGUUUGUCAAUGGCGAAAAAGAUGCAGAUCUUGGGCAUGCUGAUGGUUCUUACACUUUCCUUUCUGAGCCCUGCAAGAGGUCUGAUUCCUUACAGAGGAAAUUACGGUGAUUUAUGGGACGCCAUGGUUGAUCCCUUGAAGGUCUUGGACCAGCUCCCCCAAUUCAUUUCUAAAGGCGUGGACGAUUUUGCCCUUGCCCGAACCAACUGGAAGGAAACCCCACAAGCCCAUGUGUUUACAGUCGAUGUACCAGGGAUGAAAAAGGAGGAGAUAAAGAUCCAAGUGGAGGAAAACAGGGUGAUUACAAUUAGUGGAGAGCGGGUGAAAGAAGAGGAGAAAGAGGGCGACAAGUGGCACAGAGUGGAACGUGGCGUGGGUAAAUUCUGGCGGCAAUUUAGAUUGCCAGGCAAUGUGGAUAUGGAUUCCAUCAAAGCUACUUUGGACAACGGUGUACUCACCGUCACUGUCCCUAAACUUAGCGAGAUCAAAGACAAAAGCAGUAGAAUUGUAGAUAUUGUGGAAACGGCAGAUGCGAAAGCAGUGGCGUAGUACAGAUCACUGCGUUCUUUUAUAUGUCUUGUAUUCUGUAAUUAUUCUAUGUAAUAAAAACGAUAAAUAGCAAAUGCUUUUAAUCCUGUA